UUUCAAUACCUUACUAACCUUUAAAGCAUCGAAAUUUCAUAAUUCCCAAACAGUUUCAAAGCAGAUCCGACUUAAAAAUGAUGUGCAAAAACCUAUUGACCUUGUUCGUGUGCAUCAAAUUGUGUUAUGCGAUAUCGCUGAAUCAAAAUAGCGUACCCACAAUUACGGAAUAUAGAAAUGAAAUAAACAAUGAUGGAUAUUUUUUUAAAUAUAACUUGGACGAUGGUCAACAAAGAGAAGAACGCGGCGAACUAAUAACGAAAAACGGCAAACAAAUCCUAAUAGUAAGCGGUUUUUACACGUUUAUUGGCACAGACGGUUUGGAACAUUACACAGAUUACACUUCUGAUGAAAACGGUUACACUGCUCAAACUAAAAUUAUGGAACCGUCAAUUGGUAUCCCGAACGCUGCUCUGGCUUCACUCGCUGGUGGUGGAUUAGGAUAAUUUUAGGAAAUUUGUUUCGUUGAAAUCUAUAAUCAUAUCGCAUACGUCCUUGUAAGAUGUGCUAGUUUUAUUUAAUUCCUCAAAGCAAAAUACCCUAAAUAGAUUCACUACUAUUUGUAGAUGUUUUGCCAUGUUUUGUUGGUUGACGAGGUUUUCGUGUAACUUUGCAAACUGGAAAAAAAAAACUAUUAUUUGUGAAAUAUUAAAUAAUAACAUAAAUAAGGAAACAAUUUGUAUUCCAUGCAAAAUAUUCAAUUUGUUGCGUAGUAG